AUGGCGAAGGCUGAAUUUGGCUCGGCUAAAUAUCUUAGCAAUCAAAUGAAGGCCAGAGGCCUUCAAAAGCUUCGUUUUUAUUGUCAAGUGUGCGAGAAGCAAUGUCGAGAUGAAAACGGUUUUAAGUCACAUAUAAGGUCGCCAUCACAUUUGAGAAAGAUAAGUCAAUUAUCGGAAGCCAGCAUUGAUGAAUAUACAAGAGGUUUUGAAUCAGAUUUUCUUAAACUGCUUAAAAUAAGCCAUGGGGAGAAGAAAAUACGAGCUAAUAAAUUUUACAGUCAAUUCAUACAGGACAAGAACCAUAUACAUAUGAAUGCCACUAGAUUUACAUCCUUAACAAAAUUUGUGCAGCAUUUAAGUAAAGAGGGAAAGAUUAGGCUACAUGGAUCUGAAGAUGUUCCUGAGGAAGAUAUGGAUGUGGAACAGCUGUCAAUAUCUUACGUCGAUAAUUCUAAAGAAAAUUUACAGAGGAAGGAAGCGCUACAUGAACUUGAAAUCAAUGAGACCUCAGAGCAAGAGAUUAAUGCCAAACUUCUACAAAGACAAAUAGAGACCUGUCUGAAGGAUGCUAUGGAGGAGGAAAAAAAUCACGAAGUUCCAAUUAAUGCCUCUAAUUCAUAUAACGAGCAUAAGGAUAAAGUCAAAAUAGACCUUAAAGCCAGCAUAAAAUCCCAGAGGGUAGCGAAAAAGAGAUCUAAACCCAAGAAAAAGAGUCUAUUUAAUUAA